UCAAAGGAGGCGGCGCCAGUAACUUCCAAAACUGUCAAACCACGUGAUGUUUAGUCAAGCGGUAUGUAUCGCCGUUUCACAAGUGUGUUUUAUCGUCUGUCCUCCCGUCUUUUUGCAGCCGACACCGAUGCCAAAAAGGAUAUCGUAUUCCUUCUUGAUGGGUCAGAUGGCACAAGGAAUGGCUUCCCCGCAAUGCGUGAUUUUGUUGAAAGAGUGCUGGAGAAACUCAAUGUGGGGGCAAACAGAGACCGUGUUUCUGUGGUCCAGUACAGCAGAGACGCAGAGGUGCAAUUCUAUCUGAACACCUACACCACGAGUGAGGCCAUUGGGGAUGCAGUCAGAGGGCUCAGACACAGAGGAGGCCGACCUGUGAACACAGGGGCCGCCCUCCAAUAUGUCAGAGACAACGUGUUUACAAACUCCUCUGGGAGUAGGCAGCAGCAAGGUGUUCCUCAAAUCUUGAUCCUGCUGAAUGGUGGCAGAUCUUUUGACAACGUUGAUGCCCCGGCCUCUGCUCUCAAACAGCGGGGCAUCUUUACAAUCAGCAUUGGAACACAGAGCUCAGACAGCAACGAGCUGCAGAAGAUUUCCUAUGAUCCGAGCUAUUCUCUAUCAGUGGCUGAGCUGACUGACCUCCCCAGUGUCCAAGAUCAGCUCUCCGCUGUGAUGAGCAGGGUGCUGAGGGCAGCGCCCGGGACACCGACGGUGACUGGUAAGCCAGAUCUCCAUCCCAAACUCGGGGGAAGCAUGACAUGUUGGCUGGUAUUGGAGAGUGUCGGACGGUGGUGGGGUUGGGGGUCUGUGUGAGGUAGUAAGAGUGGGUCAACAGCCUGGAGCCGCGUUACCAGAGAGAUGGUGGCCCUUGAGGUCAGCGCAAAUCACGUCAGUUUGUCAUAUCCUGUAUUUUGUGUGCUGCAGUGGACAGACAGCCAGGCGGAAGGGAUGUGGUUUUCUUGUUGGAUGGAUCUGACGCCACAAGAAAUGGAUUCCCGGCUAUGAGAGACUUUG